UGUGGUUGUGCGUACGCCGGCUGUCCAAGUAUUUGCUGCUCCGUGUGUUUGUCAUCCUGCGUUGACCACCGCGAGGUGCUCGUUUUCGCUCAGCGUCAUGUGUACGUAUGUGUGUGUGUGACCCGACUGUUGUGCUUCUUGUGAUUGCUUUCGCUCUAGAAAGAACGCUAUCUAGCUGCCGGCCUUGGUGGAGGUGAGGAAAAAAUGUCCAGCAGCUACUCGAAGCGCAUGGACGAGCUGCGGCGGUCCUUCAAGCUUGGCAAAACCCGGCCCACCAGCUAUCGUGUCGAGCAGCUCAAGGCCAUGGACCGAUUUCUCGCCGACUACCACGACCGUUUUGUGGACGCCCUCAAGGAAGACCUCAACAAGAACAAGUUCGAAAGCAUUCUCUUCGAAAUCCAAUACACUCGCAAUGAAAUUAAGGGGACGCUCAUGGAGUUGGAGAAGUGGGUCAAGCCUGAAAAAGCUCCCAAGAAUGUGAUGCUUCUCAUGGACCAGGCACUUAUCCACAGUGAGCCUUACGGAGUAGCCCUGGUCAUAGGUGCCUGGAACUACCCGCUGCAGCUGACGCUGUGCCCCCUCAUUGGGGCCAUUGCAGCCGGCAACUGUGCCGUGAUCAAGCCGUCCGAGCAGGCACCGGCCACGGCCAAGCUCCUCCAGGAAAUGGUGCCCAAGUACUUGGAUCCUGAGUGCUUUGCUGUCGUUGUCGGGGGACCCAAGGAAUCGGCCGAACUUCUGACUGAGAAGUUUGACUACAUCUUCUACACGGGCUCCACUCAUGUGGGCAAGCUAAUCUACGCUGCUGCCCAGAAACACCUCACACCGGUCACCCUUGAACUGGGUGGCAAAAGCCCCGUGUAUGUGGACGAGGCAGUGGACCUGCAGGUGGCGUGUCGCCGCCUCAUGUGGGGCAAGUAUGUCAAUGCGGGCCAGACAUGCAUAGCGCCCGACUACGUGCUCUGCCACACAGCUGUGUACGCCCACUUUGUGGACACCUGCAAGAAGGUCAUCACCGAAUUCUACUCCCAGCAGCCCAAAGAGAGUGCUGAUCUGGGUCGCAUCGUCAACACCAACCACUGCAGGAGGAUAGCCAAGCUGCUCGAUGGGCUGCCCAUUGCGUUUGGUGGAGAUGUGGACGUGGACAACAAGUACGUGGCUCCCACCCUGAUCACCGAAGUGAAGCCCACCGACCCUGUCAUGCAGGAGGAGGUACGUGUUGGAAGUCUGUGCACAUUGUGGAGGUGAAAACCUAAUCUGCCUAUGGUGGCAUAGCCUUUGGCUGUGACCUUAAGAGAGCUCGCGAGAAACAUGAUGUUGCGA